GGGGGGGGGGGGGGGAGUACCUUGGGCUUUCGGAAGCGGGGAGAAGCCCAACGAGCAGCCCUGCUCAAAAAAAGGCAGCGUUGCGAGUUCUCAGGCGAGUACUUACUCUGCUGAAAUUGGGAGUGAUCCAUCCACUUUGAGCUAAAUUGAAGUGCAAACUUUGGAUUUGCUGUAGAAAGGAUGAAAGUCAUCACCUGUGAAAUCGCAUGGCACAAUAAAGAACCAGUGUACAGUUUAGACUUCCAGCAUGGAACUGACGGGAAGAUCAACAGACUGGCCUCUGCUGGAGUGGACACGACUGUUCGUAUAUGGAAGGUAGAAAAGGGGCCAGAUGGGAAAGCAAUUGUGGAGUUCUUGUCCAAUUUAGCUCGUCAUACCAAAGCUGUGAAUGUUGUGCGUUUUGCCCCUACUGGUGAGAUUCUAGCAUCUGGGGGAGAUGAUGCUGCAAUUUUAUUGUGGAAGCUGAAUGAUAACAAAGAGUUGGAGCCAAUUGCAUUUCAAGAUGAAGACGAUAAUCAGAUGAAUAAAGAACACUGGACAGUGAUUAAAACCUUAAGAGGUCACUUAGAAGAUGUAUAUGAUAUUUGCUGGACUUCUGAUGGAAACUACAUGGCCUCUGCAUCAGUGGACAACACAGCCAUAAUGUGGGAUGUCAGUAAAGGGCAAAAGGUUUCGAUUUUUAAUGAACACAAAAGUUACGUGCAAGGAAUAACAUGGGACCCAAUAGGACAGUAUAUAGCAACACUUAGUUGUGACAGGGUAUUGAGAAUAUAUAACACACAGACCAAGCGAGUGGCAUUUAAUGUUACCAAAAUGCAGUCAGGUGGAGGAUCUGAAGGAGAGGUGAAAAGCUAUAGAAUGUUCCAUGAUGACAGUAUGAAGUCCUUCUUCCGAAGACUGAGUUUUACUCCUGAUGGCUCUUUGCUUCUUGCUCCUGCAGGUUGUGUGGAAUCAGGAGAAAAUGUAACAAACACUACAUAUGUUUUUUCGAGAACAAAUCUAAAAAGGCCUAUAGCUCAUCUACCUUGUCCUGGGAAGGCAACCCUAGCUGUUCGUUGCUGCCCAGUAUACUUUGAGUUAAGACCUACAGUUAACAAAGAAGAAGCUACCCAGAAGACUGGCCUAAUAAAUCUUCCCUAUCGGUUGGUUUUUGCUGUUGCUUCAGAAGAUUCUGUGCUCUUCUAUGAUACACAACAAUCUUUUCCAUUUGGUUAUGUCUCUAACAUACAUUACCAUACGUUGAGUGACAUUUCGUGGUCUAGCGAUGGAUCCUUCCUCGCUAUUUCUUCUACAGAUGGAUAUUGUUCUUUUGUGACUUUUGAAGAUGAAGAACUUGGAAUCCCUCUGAAAGAGAAGCCAGCUCUUAUUGUGAAGACCCCCAGCACAGCAGAAAAAAAACUGAAAAGGGGCCAGUCUCCUAGUAUUGUCUCCCCAGUCCCUAAACCAUUGGAUAGCACUCCUCCAAAUAGGACUGUAGAUCCAGGCAGCCCAACUGUGCAAUGUAAGACUACAGUAAGCAGUAAAGACUCGCCUUCCACACCUGUUGCCAUUAGAAACAUCCCAGCGUCUUCUUCAGAAGAGAGGAAGUCUAUGCAGCCAUCAAGCCACAAUUCAAAAGCAAACCAACCCAGAAGGAUUACACUUAAUACCUUACAAGCAUGGAGUAAGACACCAAGGAGAGUGGCUUUGAUUCCUCUAAAGGCAGAUAGUCUGGACUCACCAUCUUCGUAUCUAGCCUCUACAGCUUCCUCCACAGAAACAAUUCAGCAUGAGAGACCCUCACCACCUGAGGACCGCUUGCAGAAUCCACCAUCUCCAAAGCGUGUUAGAAUGGAUGAUGAUACUGUCUUUGGAUUACACGAAAAGGAAGAAGUGAUGGAAUGAAUGGAUGCAUUACCCUGCAACACGCCCAGAGUUAAUAUUCUUGCAAAAACAGCACCUAAAAUAGACAUUUCUGCUCAAAAUUAUAUCUGCAUAAAACAUUCUGCUAUAUGGCAAGGGAGUAACUAUAUCAUCCUUUGUCCUAACAUUCUAGGUAGAAUAUUAGUUAUCUGAUCAACCACUGAAAGAUGCAGUUUGCAUAGGUAUGAGCUGUGACGUUUCUAUGUUUAUUUAGAGUGACAGUGUUGUUGAAGAUGCAGUGUAUAGAAUAAAAACAUUCAACAUACAA